AUGUCAGAUACAGACGCGCCGGAGAUCGUGAGGAGGACGGCGGAGAUGAUGAACAGCGAGCUGAUGGGCGCCGCCCUCCACGGCUGGCACUUCGAAGUUGUCCAACUGCUGCAGGAGGGUAUCGACGUCAAUGUGGAGGCCCUCUUCCACGCGGGAAACGAACACACAGUGUACCAGGCCCUGACGUACGCCAUCAUGGGAGGCCACGUGCACGUGGUCCGGACCCUGGUCGAGGCUGGUGCCCGUUUGGAAGACGAAUGCGGCCCCGGCUGCGAGACAGCACUGAUUACGGCUGCAACUCUCGGGCACACGGAGAUCGUCCAGCAUUUGCUGGAGAACGGCGCUCAAGUGAACGCUACCUCCCGUUGGAAACAGAACUCGGCACUAACGGCAGCCUGUGAGCGGGGCAGCGCAGAGAUAGCGCGCCUCCUGCUGAUGGCGGGCGCGCACAUGGAGCACCAGAACCUCCAGAAGUACACACCGCUGAUGGUGGCCUGCGAUGGUUGCCACUUGGAGGUGGUGCGGCUGCUCAUCAGCAGCGGUGCUCAGCCGACAGAGCCGCCGGGCAGUCCGAUCUCGCCGCUGCUGUUGGCAGCGCAACAUGGCCAUCUGGAGGUGGUCCGGCUUCUGCUCGGUCAAGGCGCCGACACAGAAAUUGUUAACCAAGCAGGACACACCGCCUUAGUGGAGGUGGCCAGAAAAGGGCUCACUGAGCUGGUGGCCCUUCUGCUCUCGUAUGGCGCUCAUGUCAACUUCAUCACAGAGGACGGCAAGAGCUCGGCACUGUCGUUGGCGUGCGCCAAUGGACACCUGGAGACGGCCCACAUCCUGGUCAAGGUCACGAUCUCAGGGGACGGAGCCGAGAUCAACAACUGCGCUGUCUCACCGCUGUUUGAGGCCGCAUGUGUCGGCAAGGACGAGAUCGUCGAUUGGCUGCUGCGGCUGGGCGUUCCGGUGCAGCAUCAGAACAGUGACGGAGACACGGCACUGAUCAAGGCAGCCCGGCACGGCCAGACGGCGGUGGGGCGCAUCCUGCUGGAGCACGGCGCUGAUGUGGAGGCGCUGAACCACUGCAACCGCUCAGCGCUGAUGGAGGCGGCUGCUGGAGGCUACAGCGGUGUCGUGCUGUUGCUGUUGGGCUAUGGCGCGAACUUGAACCAGCCCUCGCCCGACAACACGGCCACGGCCCUGAGCCUGCUGGCCUCCCUGAUCGAUAUAGAGAUGGACUCGGAUGAAGAAGGCGAUCCCCAAGGUGGGAGGUAUGACAGCCAGGACAGGAAGGGCCGAAGCCAGGGCGAAGCUCAGCAGACACAGGACGCGGACUUGUUCUGGCAGGACAGAGAACUCCAGACGCGAGAGAACAAUGUAUUCAGGCAGGACGAAAACUGCUUCAUCGAGGGGGAAGACGUUCUCAGCCAGGAUGAAACGUCAUACUCGAGCGACAGCUCAACAGAGUGCUCCGAUGACACGGACGACAACGCCUCUGACGAUGAUGAUGAAGACGAUGAUGGUGAUGACGCAGCCGAGGAUUCCAAAGCCUCCGGCUCAGAGGAAGCGCCUUCUGAGUCCUCUGGCCCAGAGGCAGCGGCUCAGCCUCUGAGCGGCCCGGUGACCGGCGCCCAGCUCACCCGCAGGGCUGAGUUCCUCAGGCAGCAGAGGCUGGACAUCCGGGAGAGCAUUGUCCAGUACCUGCGGGACGACGCCGCCCUGUCUCGUCUGAAGACCACGCUGAGGCAGCAGGAGACAGUGACGCCCGCCGAGAGGGAGGCCUUCAUACUGGAGAGGGACAGGUUGCAGCAAGUCCACCAACAGCUUCAACAGCGCCUGCGAGAUAGCGAACAAGAGAUCACGGAAGACUUCAAGGUCAUCCACCAGAACGAGGAAGUCCCCAUAUCGCCCCAGCAGAUAGAAGCAAGGAGAAGGCGAUUUUUGCCGGAAUUUCUGGUGAACCGGGUGUCGUUCAGCGACCAGCAGUCGCCGCUGGGCAUGGCCUGCUCCCUGGGAAACGUCGAGGUGCUGCUGCUGCACAAGGGCGCCAACCACAGGCACCAGGCCAGCGGCUCGCUUGAAACGCCGCUUACGCUGGCCUGCAUGGGCGCUCAUCACCAAAUCGCCCACAUCCUCAUCCAAAGGGGCGCCCGUGUGGAGCACCGCAACGGCCACGACAACACGCCGCUGAUGCUGGCGGCGGCCAGCGGCAGUGUACAGAUCGUCCGACUGCUGCUGAGGGAGGCGGUCGACAUCAACAGCAGGCGGUCCUCCCGCUCCAACGUUACGCCACUGAUACUGGCGGCCAGCCACGGACACCUGGAUGUCGUCAGAUAUCUGCUGAUGAAGGGCUGUGACGUCUCGGCCAAGGUCAAGGGCAACAAGCAGACGGCCUUGACCUUAGCUUGCUUCAAGGGCCACGACGAGGUGGUUGGUCUUCUGCUCCAGCAUGGGGCCAACCCCGAACACGUCGCCAUGUUUGGAACUUGUCAGACGGAGAUGACGCCGCUGAUGGCGGCCGCCUACCAGGGCUUCCCGAAGGUGGUGCGGCUGCUGUUGGAGCGGGGCGUUGAUAUCAACGCCACGGUGCCCGGCGGCGGCGGCAAGACGGCGCUCAUGCUCGCCGCCUGGCGCGGCCACACCACCCUCGUCAUGCUGCUCAUCGCCAGAGGGGUGGCAAUCGAAGCCCGCAACACGGCGGGCCGCACUGCCCUCUGGUGGGCGCUGGACGCGGGUCACGGCACCAUAGCACGGCUGCUGCAGACGUGCGGCGCCUCGGUCGACGUGCAGGACACCAGACAGGUGUCGUGCAUCAUGGCGGCGUACCGCGGCGGCAACGUGGAGCUGGUGCGCUGGCUGUUGGAGUGUGUGUCGCAGCUGCCGUCUGUUGCCGAGCUGAAGCAGUGCCUCCGGUCCCGCUCGAAGAAGUGCCUGUACUUCAUCCGAGCCGAGAUGAAGCAGCGGGGGUACUGA